AUGAGCAGAGACGGAGACAGAGGCGCAAAGACUGUUUUACGGAGCCAGAAACACGGCAGGACGCAGCAGCAGCAGGUUUCUGUGCAGAAGAGGAAGAAGGAUCCGUGUGUUAGGGAUGACAUCUCCAGAGACUCACAGUCAGGUAACGACAGUGGCAAGGAGAUUAAAUCAGCAGGAGCGCAGGGGAAACGAGCAGGGAAAGUGUCGACAGGUACCACGGUGGAGGGUCAGAAGAGCCCCGCUGCGCAAAGGAAACUCUCGGACGCCAGUAACGCUUCAGAGGACCUGAGUAAAGACUCCGGCUGCCCGUCCGGGAAACUGUCCUCCUCAGACAGCAGCUCAGAAAUCUCAGACUGUACCUCAGAAGGCAACAAGCAGGACUCUCCGAGCUGUGACAAUGAGCUAAGCUGGACAGACGGAGGAGCUUAUGUGAGACCGGACAGCGAGAGCGCAGGAGACGGGAAACCGUGCGUAAAAGCAGCGAGAGACCCGUGCGCUCUCCAGCCUGAUGUUAACGGAGGAGGACUCCGUCUGUUUGACCCAUCAGGGACGUUCCUGGAGCUCAUGAUGGGGGACACGACCGAUGACCUCGUCAGGGAGGUGGAAGACUUGAGAUCAGAAAACGAAUAUUUAAAAGUAAGCGUAAUUCACUUAAGUCUGAUUUGAUAAAUGUAAGAAUAUCGUCUGAUUAUCCACGUUUGCACCCUGGUUCGUGAGUUGAGAUCCAUAAAAAGCCCUCAGACCGCGCUCUAGAGGGAUUUUCUUUAAAUGCUGCUGUCAGUCUUUAUUAGUAAAGAAGGAAGAAGUGAAGAGAAGCUCUAAAGCAGGAAUCAGGUUAAAACUUACUUCUAUGUUUACACUUGACCUCUAUUAUUUUUACAUCACUAGAUAUAAGAUUGACCACAGGGAUGGAUUUAGUCUCACUGGCACUUUAAGACAGGAAAUAACCUUAUAAUUUAUCUGAAAGAAGAAGUUUUAUUUUAUGUUUCCUCUAUGAAUGAAGGGGAGAGCUGCUGUCUCAUAGAAAUCCUUGUUGGUCACUUGAGCUUUAGUUUGUGCAUUAGAAGAGUGAAAUGUGAGAUAAACAAGAUUAGGAGGCUUUGUUCCUGUUUUAUUAUUAAAGAUUACCCCACUGAUAAAAUGCUGAACUUUAUAAAGUCGUAGAAUUAGAAACAGAAAAAGAAAGUUCAAAAUCCUAACAGCAGGCUUCGAUAGAGGCCAAACAAAGCACUUCUUUUAUUCCCCAUAAUGAUGGAUGAUAGCCAUUUCAUUAGCCCCAUGACAUCACCGUGCCAUCACCAUGAUUAUUUCACCAUUCGCUCACUUUAAGUCUUAAGUGUCACCUAAUGAUGACUCAGGUGACCUGUGAUUCAUAACACCUGGUAUCAGUGUUCGAUCACGUCACCUUUCCAUAUGUGCAGCAGUGACCUUUAACAGACUCUGAUCAAUGGAGAGUCAGGUAUGAUGGUAAUUUGAGGGGAAUUCAAAUGAUGAUAAAUGACAAAAUUCGCACCCUCAGAAAACGUGUAAAAGAAGUGUUUGUAAAAGUUUUGUAAUGUACUAGCAUACUCUUGUUUAAAGUACAUUAGAUGUAAAUGAUAUACAUAAUAACAUAACACCUGAUAAAGAGGUAACACGUCUUAUGUAUUAAUGUAAUGCUGAGUUUUUCGAGUUAAUACAAUGCAAAAGCAAUGAAAUUACCAGCGCAAAUACCGCUGACUCCCUGAGCUGUUCAUAUUCUGUUCAGAACUUAAUUUGCAGAUGAUAAAAAAUAAUUUUCAAGCUGUUUUAAAAGCUCCCGUAAAGAGUUUUGCGAUGUUAAUAAGAUAAACUGAAAUUCAGAUUGGUGCUUUUUUCAUGAUAUCAGCGAUAAGAUUGAUUAUAUUCUAAUAACUGGUGCGAGGGGGUCGGUGUCGGCCAUCAGCUGAAGAAACAGCCUUGUUUUUAACAUUUACACAAAAAUAUUCACAAUUAAUUCUACAUUUGGCCAUUACAAGUCCACAGGAUGAAGUCUUUAGUACUCUAGCGUGUGAGGGACAAGAUAAGCAAAGACUGUUUUGUCCACAGGGGGCACCAAAAUCGACACAAGCCAAAAGUUCGCCGUAAGACAGUCACAGAAGGUUAGCUAUGGACUCAGAGGCACAGUCCUUCUUAAAGUCUGUUACAUUAGCUGGUUUGAGAAGUAAAUUUUCUCUGUUAACAUUUCCACCUCCAUUUUAAAUCAAAGUUUCAGCAUAAAUGGCCUUAAAGAUCUCCUUUCACGGCUUUCAGUUUGGGUCGAUUUUGGCAACAUCUGUGAACAAAGUGGUAACCCCAAACUCACUCUGGCAGUGGUUACAGACAUUGGAAAAUAACUGUGCAGAAAGUGCCAAUCUAGUUGCUCAUGGUCUCACUAGUCUUUGUAGGUCAUUUAGAGGCAUCAGUAUUAACUCCAGCCUGUUUCAUAACCGGUUAACAACUUCUUACAGGGGCUUUAAAUGAUGAAAGCUAAAGUACCAAACUAAAACAUGCACCAUUCUAGUCAAUUAUUGGUCUUUCUGUAAAACAUUUUUGCCACCACCUUGACCAGAGUCUUGUAUUUCAUUGUGAAAAUAUCUGGUAGAACAAGAUUCAUGUAUUCACAAGUAUUACUAAGACUGAGUCUGUGUGGUUUUCCCAGGAUGAGGUGGAGGAGCUCCGCUGUGAGAUGCUGGAGAUGCGUGACAUGUUCCAGGAGGAGGAGGUGUACCAGCUGCAGGAGCUGCGGCUGCAGCUGGAGCAGGCCAACAAGACCUGUCGCAUCCUGCAGUACCGCCUCCGCAAGGCCGAGCGCCGCAGCAUCAGGGUGGCUCAGACGGGACAGGUGGACGGGGAGCUGGUCAGGAGCCUUGAGCACGAUAUCAAGGUCAGAGAGUUCAUUCACCCUUUCAUCACAGUCACUUCCCUUUCGUCUGUGUGUGUGCGAUCAUGUGGUUGUAUAAAAACUCUCCCACCACCCACAUCCAAUAAAAGCUCCUUCUCGAAAAUUGGCGUUUGACUGAAUCACAGCUGCUCCAGUUUACGACAUCAAAGUGAAAACUCUCUGUUAGCCCCACUAAACUUUUUCUCAUCUCAGCUCUCUGAACAGUGAUGGUGUUGUUCAUACAGGCUGAAGGAGGCAGUCUGAGUCAUGACUGCUCACCGUGGACCGUAAAAACCUCCACGCUGUUUUUUUUUUUUUCAGCACCGCAACGGUUUCAUUAGUUUAAAAUCUCUUCAUCAUGCUUCCUGUUUGUAUUUUUGUUAUAAAAUGGGGCAAUUAUGUGGUGAGUUGUUCUCUGUGAGCACAAAAGCACUGUAAUCUUGAUCGGAAUCCUGGCAGGUCAAUAAAAGAGACUCUGUCGAGGCAGCGAGAGCCAGGCUGUGAGCAGUGGUGUUAAAUUCCCAAAAGCCUCACUCCCCUCUCUCCUCCCCCCCCAUAACCCCAAUCCACUCAUGAAUUCCUGUCACAAGCUUUUCCUUGUAAAGUCUUUUAGAUUUUACAGACCAACUGCUGCAAAAGAAACAUGCUGCAGUCACAAAACAGCGUUACACUGAAUCCAUCUAGGACUGAGAGAUUUGCUUUACAGCAUUUGACCUUGUGUGUGAUUGUGGCUCGGAAUAGAUCAGGAGGUGAAGAGGUCUCGGUCCUGGAUCUUGUUCCUGCGUCUGAAACUUUAAAAUCUUUCUUCAAAAAGUUGAUCAAAGUCAAUAAAACUGCCCCAGACAUAAUCUACUCAAAACGACCCCAAACCAACAAAACAUAAUUCUACUACAAAGAGGUAUUAAAGGAAAACCAACGAAAUUUAAAUCCUGCAAAGCGGCCAAAAGUUUACAAAAAGACAGAAAACAACCACAAGGAGAUGUUAAAUAAAGUGCAAGGAGAGGAAACUACCACAAAAAGGGAUUAAGUGACCAAAAAAUGAGUGGAUGAUAAAUUCAAACUGACAAGCAAAAGACAAACAGAUGGCAAAACUAAGAAGCAAAAUUACUGCAAAACCUGAUGAAACAACCUCAAAGAGAUGCAGAAGUACAACAAUGUGGAGCAAAACUACCAGAAAGAGAGGAUUUGCACACCUGUAGAUAAAGACAAAACAACUAGAUAGAAGCAAAACCACCUGGAUGAAACAAAAGCUACGAUGAAGAAACACUGAACACCAUAAGGUGCAGAGAAAGAGUAAAAAGAGUACUUUAGUCAGGUUUGAGAGCUUUGACAGGUCUAGUAUUUGAGCUAUAAUAACCGACUGAAUGUGCUUUGUUUCCAGGUUGCAAAGAGCGUCUCCCUCCGAUUGUACAAUGAGCUGGAGGUGGUGCAAAAGAAGAACUCCCAGCUGGAGUGGGAAAACGAGGCGCUGAGAGAGAAGACCCAGGAACAGGAAGUGGCCAAACAGGUGUUACAGGCAGAGAUGGACAAAACCAGAGAGGUGAGUAGAACAUUCUACUGAAUAAUCUACCUGCCUCGAAGUUAGAGCUUAAUUUUACUCAUGGUUGUGCCAGCGAUACGAUACGAUACGAUACGAUACGAUACGGUACGGUACAAUACAAUACAAUACAAUAAGAUACAGCACUAUAUGAUAUGAUACUUUAUGAUACUAUACGAAUCUAUACGAUACAGUACUAUUGUAGUACUGUAUCGUAUAGAUUCGUGACCUGUACUAUUUAAGGCGCCUAUGGCCUGGUGGUCUAAGCAUGCCCCAUAUACUGAGGCUAUAGUCCUUGUUGCAGCGAUCAUUGGUUUGAAUUCCAGACACAACCUUUUAAGUGCAUUUCUCCUACUCUCUGCUUCCUGAAAGUCCAAGUGCACGUAUAAAAAAGGUUCUUCUGUUUGCAUCAGUUUGACAUUAGAGUGUGUAAGUGUGUAAUCGUACUCCUCAGAUCUCUUACACAUCAGUCAGUCUUGAUAAAACCAUCAGCCCCGAUCUUGACAGAAACAUUAGUUGCCUCCAUCACUUUGGACAGGAAUCCAUCUCCACAUUUCUGCUGCUUCACAGCUGCACCCAUCCCGGCCAGUUGUCCCCCAUGAAGUCAGGUGACACAUGACCCUGAUGGGGCUCAAUGACAUGAGAGGAGGAGGGCAUGGCCAGCAGCUGCCUGGUGCCAUGGUGGGGUGAAGCAGCCUGGUAUGCUUGAGUCUGAACUCCAGGCACAGCUGAUAUCCUCAGCUGAGGGGACAGAGAAAAAAAGCGCAAGAGAUUACAAAAAUAGACUCCCUCUCUCAUGCUUUCCCCUUUCUGCUUUUAUUAAGCUUGGCUAAAUCUGGAUCAGUGUGCAUUAUGGCAUUCAUGAAGACGCAUGUUUGUGCGCUGGUAUACUGACCUACAAUCAUCCCCUGCAUGUGAUUUUAUCAAACAGUGGAUACUGCACCCUGACAGACUGAAUCUUCAGUCCACCUUUUGUUCGUGGGGCCCUCCUCCUGCCUCUGUGACUCGUGCGACAACAAUCACACACCUCUAAUCCAGGAUUCAAUGCUCUGGCAUGAGCUCGGUCAGGGCUACUCAUCAGAGACAGCUGCUAGUCCCUUUGAUCCCAACAGGGAAAUCCACUUAGAUUACCUAAUCUAGCAGCGCUCAACACACAGUGUGGACCCAUGUGAAGAAGAGGGAACCUUUUAACAGACUGCAGAAAAUAAACAGACUUCCUGUAAUGCUGUUGGUGACAGUUUGACUAAAAUCCCCCAAGUAAUGAGCUCAUAAGAAAAACGUGCUUUUAUUUUGAAAUGCAAAAUAAUUUGUCACAAUUAAAUGACAUAUUUCCUAAUUUUUCCACUUUUUCGGCAGCCUAACAGCACAAUGACCUUGAAUUGAAUUACUGCGAGCAGCUCCGUAUGUUUUUCACGUCCAGGCUGCAGAUUCAGAAAAUGACUAUUAUUAACACAGUGACAUCCUGUCUAGUGUCUAGCAGUGAGACAAUACUGCCAGACAGAGGCUGACAUUCCUCUCAUGCUCAGACUCAACAAAGAAACUCGGUCAUGUGGAGAAGGGAGAGACUUGAGCGGGAAGAAAGAGUUUGGAUCGAAUCACAACAUGGACAGAUAACUUUACUUCAUGCAUCUUUGACAAAAACCACAAAGACUCUGAGAGUAUUUUGGAUGAAACAAGUUAACGCAAACUGUUUCAAUCUUGUAUAAAUGGCUAAGCGAGAAAAACUGAGAGCCUACCACUUCCUUGUGUUUUUGGUCAUAUGAUAAUAACAACAAAAUCUAAUUAGGUUUGGGGUAAAACAAGACUUAUUUUAUAUGGACUUAUCGUCCUCAGGUUGAAAUAUUUUGUAUCACUUGAUUAAGUUAUGAAAAAUGAAUGUUUUCGAAUUGUUUAAAUCCAACGUUCAUGAGUGAAAAUGAGGGAAAUCCCACUUUGAAUGGUGCGCUUUGCCUUUAAGGUUGCUAUGGUUACUGGCGGAGUGAUAUUGCUUACAGCUAUGAAAUGAUGUAUUGGUUUAAGAACAUGAACUUUAUUAAUCCCCAAAGGGAAAUUCAAUACUUAUAAUGGUAAUAAUAAUGAUAAUAAUAAUAAUAAUAAUAAUAAUAAUAAUAAUAAUUAGAACAACAAUAAUUAUGUAAAAUAAUAAUAAAAAAUUAAUUAAAAAUAUAAUAAUAAUCAGAACAACAAUAAUUAUAUAAAAUAAUAAUUAAAAUAAUAAUAAUAAUAUAACAACAAUAAAAAUAUUAAAUAAUGAUAAAAAUAAUAAUAAUAAUAAUGAUUUAAUACGUAUAUCAUACUGCUGAUAUGUCUAGCAUUGUAUUUCAGUUGCACUGCAGGAGGUGUGUGUGUGUUCUCUUGUUUUCACAGUUUAUUUGAUAAAAGGUAUCUGAGUCAAAAACAUGCCGGUUUGCAAAGAAACAUAGUAAUAUGUAGAAAUAGUAAGAAACAAAACAUUAGGGAAUCAAAAACUGAAGGUUGGAAAUAUCAAGUACUGGGCUAAAAGGGUCUCAAUUCGAGAGAGCAAACAGACUGUCACUUUUAACCUGUACAGGCUUGCUGUGUUUGUUUGUAAAGCCAACCUGAAAUGAGUGGAAUGUGUUGCUUUUCUUUAACUUGUAUUAAAACAGGAGCGUAUUCAGAGUUUGGCAGCUUGAUUUUUUCCAUUAUGGCUGCAAGUGUCUCAGAUGUUCAGGCAGGACUUGUAUGAUGCUCAAGAAAUCCGUAUCAGGUUGCUCUGUUUCCAGUUGGUGCAUAGUUGAUUUGUCCCUUUUCCGUUUUAUCUCCUCAGGGCUCUCUGAAAAAGAGGAGCAUCAGAUCUGCCGUCAGUAAGGCCGAGAAAAGACUCUCUCAGCAGGUCGAGGUUAGAAAUGUUUGAUUCUCACGUCUGAUUUGAUCAUAUAUAUCUCUUUUUCAUCCUCACCAGGAUGAUUUUUUGUGUCCUUUCUUCUCUCAAAGGAUGACAGCGCCGAUCUGAGGUGCCAACUUCACUUUGCCAAAGAGGAAUUAACUCUCAUGUGCAAGAAGCUCACCAAGUUGGUAUCAGAGAGCGAGGCAAUGCGGGAGGAGCUGGCCAAAUACCGCUCAGCCUACGGUGAUGUGGACGCCAACCAGUUGCCUGAAGGUAAACGACACUCUGCGCGUGCCAGGGAAGCAGAGGUCAAAGUUCACUUGAAGCUGGUGGAAGAGGAGGCCACGCUUCUGAGCCGACGCAUCGUUGAACUGGAGGUGGAGAACCGCGGACUGCGGACGGAAAUGAGAGACCUGAGAGAAAAAAUGGGGAGAGGAGGAGGUGAGGAGGAAGAAGACAAUCUGUUGGAGGAGAAUCCGUCAGCGUCAGAGCAGGCGACUGAGAGAGAAGGAAAAGAGCAAAGUCUGAAAAGAGGAGGCAAAACUUUUGUGAAAGGUCAGGAUAAGGAUGCAGAAAAAUGUAAAAGUAAUGUUGAGAAAUCUUUGCAAGGUAAUCCAUCGAAGACUGACAGGACUGCUUGUCAGAUAACCCGAGAAGGUCCAGUGGGUGGUGAGUGGGAUCCUUCAGACACUCCUGAAAGUGAGAACAAGAAACCUGAAGGUGGUCUGAAAGGUAUGACAAUGAAAGACUACGAAACUCUUCUGGCACUCAGAGAUCAUUCCUGUAUUUUAAGUUCGGCCAUCCAGCUCCUGAUGGCGCCCACAAAAAAUGGCCUCUCCUCAUCUCCCUCAAGUGCUUUCACCUCUCCGACAGAGGACACAAACAGCAAGGCUCAGAAGAUACCCCCACAAGGACCUUUGAACGAGGCCCUGGAGCUUCUCCAGGCUAUGCUUUUAGCUUUCACAGGGAGGUUAGAGACUCUUCUCACAGGAGAAGACUCGGGCAAACUCUCAAUUCACACGGACAGACAAGUUUGGGAAUCCAACUCUUUACCGUUCCUGUCUGGAGAUCACGGUGCCGAUGCUCUGGGUCAACAGGCAGAAGAUCUGCGCACCACAGAGGUUAAAGAGAGGGAAAAACAAACUGGACAAGCGACUUCCAUCCAGUCGGACCCAAAGAUGCGCCUUACGUUACAGAUUCUGUGGGUCCUUCACCAGUGGUGUCUCGUCAAAGGACCUGGGCUUGAGGGGAAAGAGGUAAAUUCAAAGCACUCUGGUUUGUUGUUGAAGUUUUAAUCACUCAACAUAAAUCCUUAAACAUGUCUGUUUGUUUCUAUUCAGGGUAAAGACAAAACCAUGUCUGUGCUGCAGGGGUUGUUGCAAGACCUGGCCACGGCGCUCCAGGAUGAUCCAAUCGACUUUGGCAGCCAGUCCAAAGCUACACAAGGCAAGGCAGCUGAGGUAAGGAUAGUGCUUUCCUUUCAAGCAUGUGCCCCCCCUGCUGCAAGUGAGUCUGUGUGAUACAGCAGGAAGUCCUCGCGCUGAUCUGUCUGCCUGGCCACAAGUGGACGUGACUCUCGGUUCAACAGGCGUCGUGUAAAGACUCAUGCCAGAGUAUUUGGGCUAAUCUCUUGUAGGAGCUGCAGCCAAACAGGACACACAUGUUCAGAUCUACCGCAUGAAAACACACGGAUGAUACGCUGCAUUAUCCAGACUCAUACCACCGUUCACUAUCUAGAGAUACAGCCGACUAUUCUGCUGCUUCCACCUUGUUGGUCGAACGUAAAUAAAAAAGAGUAGUUUGAUUACACAGACGAGAUCUGUAAUCUGGUGUUUGAGUCGUUGCCACUGAACUGUUGAUGCGUCUUUUGCACAGCAUGGCUCGAGAUCUUCUCUGAAGAGGCGGAUUUAUUUCUUUAAUGGUUGUUUUCUUCUUUAUCCUGCCGGCUAGACAGUAAUCCCUCCUUCCCUCAGAGGCACGAGGAGUUUGCCGUGAUGUUACGCCCCAUCCUAUCGUCUAUUUACAAUCUGACCCAAAUGAAAUACAUUAGACGCCUCAAAACACUCUAUCAUGAGAUUUAACUAAAAAUCAAACAACUGAAAUUAUAAACAAGUAAAACUCUAAAUUCCUGUUUCAUGACAAGUAUGUUUUUGUUUGUGUCUUCGCUCAGAGAACCAUCAGCGGUAUCUUUGGUGAUAAACUUCGCUCUGAAGUUGUCAGGUCGGUGUUUUCUUCAUAUUUCAUCUUUUUUCCCAAACUGCCUGUGCUCAUAUUUCACAGAACACCUGCUGUUUUCACAGAACUUACAGCUCCACUUGGAGAAGGCGCCAGUUUCCCCCACACAGCUGGAGGAGGAAGAACUGGUGCUACGUGAGCCAAGAGGCUGCCCAGCUGGACCGAGAGGACCCGGUUAAGACGUGGGACCAUCUAAUCAUGCCGUCCAGCUUCCCUGAUCUCGACUUUGAGCAGAUGUCACUGGAGAGGAGCCACACCGCCCCAGAGAGGUCGGCGUUUCGCAUCUACUACAGCCCCCCGUCGGCGCGCAGGGUCCAGCUGGCCCAGCAGAAGAAAAGCCCCGUCGCAGACGGAGAAUCCUUCAACUCGGCCUCUCCCUGGUGUACACCGCUGACCUCCUUCUCUCAGCUCUGUCUGGGCUCGGCUAACAACCUGAGCGAUGACAUGAAGGAAAUGACGGCCAGCUUGAAGCAGGCGUUUCAGAGCGGUUCACAGGAGGUGAGAGGGAGGCUACAGGGGCGGCCAAAAGAGGGGGCUUGCUUGUGCGCUCAGAGCAGCUCAAAGCCUCAGAUGGUGAGUGUGGGUCAGCAGACAGAAGGGACACACAGGUCAGUGACGACCAGAAGCAGUCCAUCCCGAAUCCUGAGCCCCUCCCUGGCUUCUGCACGCUCUCAUCACAUCUCCACCUCACUGGACAGCUCGCCGAGCAGAAUGGAAAGGUCCAGAUCCUCGCCGAAACUGUACCGCAGACACUCCAGUGCGUCUUCUCCCGCCUCAACCACCAACCUGACCUCCUCCUCCUCAACCCAGUCUACCUCUAGAGACCGAGCACUGUGGAACCAGACCCACCAAAGCCCGUCUGGCCUCUCAUGGGUCCGACAGACCAGCCUCAGAGGGCAGAACCAGAGCCCUGUGAGCAGCACGAAGCCUCCGACUAAAUCUGCAGGAACCAACCGUUACGGCAUGGUCACAGAGUUCCUGCGCAGGGUGAGCGGCCGGGCGGAUAAACCGGCUCCAGGGUCCACUCAGAAGAUGAAAAGCGGGCUCAAGAACCUGGAACGUAUCCCAGCGAGGCCUCCUGCUGCUCCGCUGCACAGGACCGACAGUGUGACGAGGAUCGUCAACCAGAGGUUCAUGAAGCAGAGAGAGGAGUCUGGACGGGCUCAGAGGGACGAGAAGGGAGGCAGUUUGAGCCAGAGUGUCCGACACAGCCAGAGUACAUCCACCUCAGAGGUCAGUGUAACAAAACAAGCAGGUGUGUGCUUCAGCUUUACCAUUUUAACACUCCUGUAACAUCCCCAAGUUCUUGUUUGAUAACUUCUUCAGCUGCAUAAAAGCCUUGAGUCUUUUGCAUCAUAAGCUGAUUGUUGAGGCCUGUUGCACCAGCUCAUUGCGUCUUAUGUCAAGUUGCAAACUCCACACUAAACUGUAAAUUAUAAACAGUUAGUUUGUUACCUUUAAUUGGUUAAUUGCUUCAAUAACCUUUAUUUUAAGGAGAGAAUAUCAUCCAUAAUGAAACAAAAAUAUGGUUGCAGAAAUGGCGAUUUAAGGGGCUGGUUUGGUCUUCGUGACCUAAAUUUGUGGCCUCUUCCCUGUACGUCACCGCCAACUUUUUCGCCCUGUUUCCUGCUUUGUCCACUGAUCUAUCCUCUAAACUCCCCCUCCUCUAAAUAAAAGCAUAAAAGGCAAAAAAAAAGACUUUUUCACUCCACCUGGUCAAUCAGUGAAAAGCUCUGUGUCAGUGGGGUGUUUGUGGACGUGCUGACUCUCAUGCCUUCCUUUCCUCUAAAUUGGCUUACAGCUGAAAGUGACUGCUGUGAACUCCUGUUAAUUGUUUAACAGCAACUUAAGGUAAAGCAUUGUGAUGAGGUGAUAAUCUACUGUGUGAAACAACAACAAUGACACUGAAGGUUGAAAUCAUCAGCUACAACAGAUGGUGAUUUAGCAGCACUGUAAUAUUCAGGGGGAUCUGAAUCUACUCAGAUCUAGGUGUAUAAUGUAUAAGCAAGCACAGCCGCAGAUUCGGCUCAUUUUUAAACUGGUCUUUAACCAUCGCUGGCAUUUGACACUGCGCCAUCAUUGUGGCGUGCAUGCGGAGGGUGAGAGCUUUAAACUACUUGCAUGAUACAGACAAUUAGUGACGUCAACCAAGACAACAUGCCGGACACCUUUAGAGAUGAGAAGUUGAAGUCUUGGUUUCUUUUCCACAAAUUUUUGGACUAAAUUUAAACUAAAUAACCCCAAAACAUCCAAACAGAAAGUUAGAUUAACUUUUUUUUUUUUAAUCAAACUCCAACAAACUUUAAUUUUACCAUAUUUCUAUUAUUUAAUCAUCUGCUCGUCUUCUUUUUUUUGACCAGGAUGGAAACUACGACUGCAGCUCCGGCGGCACUUUGACCUUCUGCUUCUCCCGCCCAUCUCGCUCCACUCAGAGACAAACGUCGAACCAGAGCAAACUCCCCCUCCACCGAUACUCACCUCCAGCCAGCGUGACGGUAGACUCCAGCUGUGAGUGAGCCGGAGAAGAAUCAGGACAACUGAGAGAGCGGUUACAGCCAUGAAUAAGGACUUUAAGAUGUAAUGUUUAAUGUAGAACAGGAGGAGGGAGCUGUGAGUGGAUGUAUAGCUCAGACCUCAUGUUUUCUUAUGGUGCAAUUUACUCUCUUCUCCUUUUUCUGAAUCUUAAUUUCUAUCACUUUAAACUCAA